AUGGAAGCCGCCGCCGGAAUCUCUUCCCCGCCACCUGAUGCCGAUUCAGCAACAAGGAAAUCCGAUGAGAAUGUCGUCCUCGUCCUCCAAGAGCUGCAAUCUCUGCGGCGCUCCCACGAGGCGCUUCAGUCCCAAUACUCGGCCGCGGAGAAAAGCCUCGCGAUUGUGCAGAAACAGAGAGACGAGGCACUGGAGCAGAACUGCAAUCUAGAGAUGGCCGUUUGCGAGACCACACUCGAACUGGACCUCCUCCGCGAGCUCAUCGGGCAGCUGGAGGUGUUCUGCCGCGAGAAACAGAGCGAAAUUGAGCGAAGCGAAAUUUCGAGGAGAACAGAGCUCGGAACCGAAUUGGAAACAUGUCGGGCAAGGAUCGAGGAGUUAGAAUUCAAUAUCAAACAAUCUGAAGAUAAGAAUGAGGUCCUGUCAAAAUCUCUGGUCUCGCUGCUCCCGGCGGCGAAGCACCAUCUACUGAAGAUAAUACGGUAUCACGACGACGGGAAGACCGUUGAUUCACAGCUCGAGAAGGAAUCGGAGGGAAUCGGAGAAGCAGAGGAUGAACUGAAACGAGCACUGCGGGAGCUCUCGAAGAUCACGAGACUGGCAAGCGAGGCAGAAUCGGUGACGAAAGAGUUCGAGGAGAGGGAGAAGAAGGAGAAGAAGAUGCUGGAGGACAGCAUCGUGAGCUUGACGGAAGAGAAUCGCGACCUGAACACCUUUCUGAGGGUCGCGUUAAUGGAGAAGGAGGCCGUGGAGAGGAAUCUGAACAAGCUGAAAGGCAGCAGCGCCGAGCAUAAGAAGGCAGCUCUGUUCCAGAUCGCCGAGCGGGGUUUGCAGAGGGUGGGGUUUGGUUUCAUCAUCGGCAGCAGCAGCAGCGAGGAAAAGACAGCAGAGGAGGAAUCUGGAUCUGAAGUCAACAGAAGAUCAGACGACGGCGAUGGUGACGAAGAAGAGAGUGUUAGCUUGGCUUCGACUGUUGAAAGAGUGAUGAAGAACUUGCGGCUGGAGAUCACGGAGCUUAGAAGAUCACUGGAGGAUUCUAGAUCAGACUGCGAGCAGCUGCAGAGCUUGGCGGAGAGGCAAGCUCAGAGCAUUGCCGAAACCGCGGUGUACAUACAAGAGCUGGAGGAUAGGUGCAGGGUUUCAGCACAGAAUGUAGAGAAACUAAUGGCGGAAAUCAGAGAAGCAGAGGCAGAGGCAGGGAGAUGGAUGGAAGCUUGUGAGUUGGAAGUGGAAGCUGGGAAGAAAGAGGUUGCAGAACGGGAUAAAGUGAUUGCGAUCAUGAAGCUAGAAUUGGAGAAGACAAGGGCUGCUCUGCAGAUAUCUGAUGGCAAGUUGAAGAUGAAAGAGGAGCUUGCAGGUGCAGCAAUGGCAGCCCAAGCAGCAGCCGAGCAGUCUUUGCAGCUAGCUGAUAGCAGGGCGAACCAAUUCCGUAGCAGGAUGGAAGAGCUAAGCCGACAGCUAGAAGCAGCAGAAAGCAGAGAUCGAGUUCGUCAUAAGGCGAGGCAUAGGUGUUGUUGGCCAUGGAGUGGUCUGAGAGAUAACUCAAACAAUAACGGUAGACGCAGGAGGCUCCCUGAAAUGCAACCCUUGCUCUCUUAAGGCUUCUCAUGCUCUCUGUGUUCUUAAAGAAAUGCACACAAACUUGUUUCUAUGAUUGGACGACAAAUACGGGUAGAAGCACUUCCAUGAUUGGAAAUGAGAAAUGACAUUCAGACAAUAUUG